GGCACCUCCGUGUUUAGGCAAUAGAAGACACCACAGUGCUGGAAUAGAAAGGAGAAGAUCCCGGGUUGUCAGUAUUGAGUAACAGUCAUAAACCAUACAAUGAGAAAUGAAGAUUUACAAGCAGCGGCAGGGAAGGUUACAAUGAUGAUGGUGUCAAGGUAUUUCAGGCGAACAUUGUUUGCUACAGCCAAAUCAGAACCUUCUGGUGCUGCUUCUAUGGCUAAGAUGACGGCUCACAACCCACUUGAGGAAUUCUUUGAAGCAGAUUUGGAUCCUCCCAUGACGUGCCGGACCCGAUUUGUUAUCUCAAGCAAUCCAGAAAUAGCUGGUAUUGUCCCAGAACCAGACAUUGACACUUAUAUGAAGGUCAAGAAUUGCUGUCAUCCCAUUGGAAAGACUGAAAAUUUUGUUCCACGUUGUUCUUUCAAGCUAUACCUUAUCCAAGUUUUUGAUCUUCCCUUCACAUUUCUGUUUAAAAAUACAACCUCCCAUACUAACCAACAUUCCAUCUAUUCUUCAAUGCUUCAACAUAGAAGUGCACAAGAACAAGGCAAGAGCACACCAAAAUCUCCGCAGAUACAUGCCAAACAAUAUUAAAGGCCAAAACUCCAAUGACAUCUACUUUUUGCUCACUACAUGGCAUCCUCUGAACUACAAUGACAUGAACCAUUUUUUGAAAAGCUAAUGGUUUUGCACUUUUGAACAAUGUCAAUUAGCAACCACUGAAGCCAUGAAAAUCCUUUUUGCUCCCUGCAUGGCAAUAUUUUGUAAUGAAAUCAGACUAAUCAUUUUUUGAUAAACCAAUGGUUUAUACAUAUGAUGCAUGUACAAUGCAUCUCCUAGACCUAGGGUAAAACAAUGUAUUCUGUUAUUGAA